AAAGAAAUAUGAAGCAAUAUACUACAUGUAAUAAACAAUCUAAGUCUAGGCGAUUACCUAAACAAAAGUGAAAUUAUUUGUUCCAAAUUUUCCCCACAUUAAAAUCAAUUCAUUAGUGUGAAUGAAAAAAAUAUAUUUUUAUGGUCAGAUUAAAUCUAUUAACCCCUUAUUGUAUUUAGUUCUUAAAUUGUUUAGGUUUUAAGCAAUUCUGCCUAGAUUUCAUGUAUUGAGUUUAGCAAAUAAACUAACUUAAUAUUAGAAGGGACUUAGGAAGGGAAGAUUCUUAUUCUAGAGUUAGAACAAUAAAUCUGUAAAGAUAAUUCAUUAAUUUUGAUUAGAAUAGGAAACAAAAGCAUUGCAUAAUGGAGCUAUUACAAAAUUAACUAAUUAUGAUAUUAAUACGUUCAUAAGUGGAUCUUAAGAUUCAGUGAUUAUGGUUCAUGAUUUGAGAUAAAAUAUGCCAAUAGCUUAAAUUAAGCAACAUAAGCAAUAAAUAAAUGAUAUUGUUGCAGAUUCAGAGAAAUUUCAAUUUGUUUGUGGAUCUCAAGAUGAAACUAUCAGUAUUUGGGAUUUUAGAAAUUAUUCUUAACCUUAAGGUUUACUUGAUCAUCAAGAUUCAGUAUAUAACUUAUUGAUGAUCAAAAAUUCUGAUACAUUAUUUACAAGUGGAGAAAAAUAUACCAUUUAAUAAUGGGAUAUUACAAAAUAAAUUCAGGUAUUUUCCUUUAUUUAUAGAAGAAUCGAAUUUCAAUUACUUAAUAACCAAUUUAAAAAAUGGUAUUUGAUUAUGAACAGGAGAUCUUAAUUUGUGCUUAAUAAGAUAUUUUGGAUCUGUUCAACACUGAAUUGAUAUAAUUGAAUUCAAUAGAGAUAGAUUGGUCACGAAUACAAGACAUGAAACUUGAAAAUGAUGUCGUCUAGGUAUUGGAGCAAAGAGGUGACAUUUUAAAGCUGCAUGUAUUUUAACUUGAAUUAAAUACUCAAUAAGUAGAAGACAGUUAAACAUAAAUAUAAGAUAGCUAAAUUCCAUUCUCAUAAUUAAUGUAAUUUGAUUAAUGUUUUUACCCAACAUAAUCGAAUGAAAAGUUAGACUAAAGUUAUGAAUAAGAAGCGUAGGUUUCUGAUGACAUAAUUACAACUUAAAAUCUUUCUCUUAAGUUCUCUUAAAUACUUUUUACAAAAUCAAAUUAAGAUAAAUACAUCCAAUUAGAAAUUAUAAAUGAAAUCUCCUUAGAUCACAGCAAAGUCAAAAUGAUCUUAAAUGAAAGAAUAUAAAAAUUAAAGCCUAUUAUAAAGCUGUACUCUCAAAAUGAUAUGAAGUAAUGCAUUUAAUAAAUAAGACGGUAAUUAUAUUUUAUCUAUUUGAAUAGUUGUAAUGAUAACUCUGCACUUAUUGAUUUAUUUGCAAUGUUGAGACAAGAUACAGCAUAGAAAAAAUUAUAGGCAGAAGAUACAUUCUUAUUGUUGGAAAGUGCAAUAUUAUUACUAAACUCAAAAUUCUCCUAUUAAAUUAUCAAAGGAUUGGAAUUUAUUAAAUUUUGUUACUCUCAAAUGAAGGAUGUAAUCUUGUUUUAUUAUUAUUAAAUAGAGUAUUAUACAAUAUAAAAAUGCGAGAAAACAAUUAUAAAAUAAAGCAUAGGACAAAAAUUAGAAUAGAUAAAAGCCAUAUGAAACAUUGAUUCUCUAAUUUGAUAAAAUUGUGAAAUUGCCUAAUUUUAAUAAAUUGUUAAAAUCAAAGGAUAUUAACUUAGCCAAUCUUACAUCAUAAAUUAAAAAUGAAAUAUCAUAAUUUUUGAAUAAAUUAGAAUGA